AUGAUCCCUCCCACGAGCAAAGGCUUCCUGAUGAAGGACCUGGCUGCCGGGCGGGGCUACCACCUCUGCGUCUUGGCCAUCUACGACGACGGGGUGACCUCGCUGACCGUCACCCAGAGCCUGGGCUGCCUGCGCUUCAGCACCCUGCGGGACGGCCUGCAGUGCCACGCGCUCCACACCCAGUUCCUGGGGGGCACCAUGAUCAUCGUGGUGGGGGGCAUCAUUGUGGCCUCGGUGCUGGUCUUCAUCAUCCUCCUCAUGAUCCGCUACAAGGCCUCCAGCGGCCGCCCGGAGGAGCCCGAGAAGAAGGCCGCCAGGGUCAGCAACGUCUACUCGCAGACCAACGGCAGCCACCCACCCGCCGGGCUGCCCUGCUCGGCCUCCAGACACGAGGGGUGGGAGCCAGACAGCGGCCGGGCCAGGAGGGAGCGUGGCCUGGGGGCGCUGGCCAAGGACUGUGCGAAAGGCGCCCGGCCCCCCUCCUCUGAGGAGGAGGAGGAGGAGGUGGUCCCGUCCCCCCGGCGGAGGCGGAGGUGGUCCCGGACGAGUCUCGACUGCCCCCAUGGAGGCCCCGAGGACCCCCGAGCAGAAGAGGAAGACCCCCCGUUAGCGCUCCCAGCCGAGGAGGGGAGGAAGGCCAACGAGUGGACCGGCGUCAAGAUCUGAGCCCUGGCAGUCGGCCGUCGAAGAACGGAACCGGAACCGGAGUCCCCCAGGCUGAAUCCGGAGUUGGCGCCGUUCCUCAGCUGUCCCACCACACGGUGCCGCGGUCCCCCCAGGAGACCCCCCCCAACUCACCUGCCUCUUCCUUGGGGGGGGGAAGACCCUGGGGUCUCACCUCGGCCUUUCGGGCCUCUUUCUACUGGACUCUCUUCAAGGCCCGUUUUCUACAAAGUCCUUUUGUUUUUCUAAGCCACACCUGGAAUUUUCUAAUAAA